GGCCGGGGGUGCGAGAGAUGCUCGGGCUGCGGCGGCGGCGGCAGCGGCCGCUCGGGCUCGCCAUGGUCUGAGACGCCGCGAUGAACGCAGCGGUCCCGUCGCUUUUCGAUCCCAAGGAGCGGGUGUUGAAGCUGGGGGAGACCUUCGAGAAGCAGCCGCGCUGCGCUUUCCACACUGUCCGCUAUGACUUUAAGCCUGCGUCUAUUGAUAUGUCCUGUGAAGGAGACCUUGAAGUUGGCAAAGGUGAACAGGUGACAAUAACACUACCAAAUAUUGAGGGCUCAACUCCACCGGUGACUGUGUUCAAGGGCUCAAAGAAACCUUACCUAAAAGAAUGUAUCUUAAUUAUCAAUCACGACACUGGAGAAUGCCGCCUAGAGAAACUUAGUAGCAACAUCACUGUGAAGAAAACCAGAGCUGAAGGAAGCAGUAAAGUCCAGUCUCGCAUAGAGCAGCAACAGCAGCAAAUGCGAAAUGCAACUAAGGUUCCAAACAGCGUUAAAAAUUCUCCCCAAAAAGAAAAGAUGUAUCCCUCUUCUCCUAUGGAUGAUAUUGAACGAGAGCUAAAAGCAGAAGCCAGCAUCAUGGACCAGCUGAGUAGCUCCGACAGUUCAUCUGACUCUAAAAGUUCUUCGUCCUCUUCAUCAAGUAGUGAAAAUAGUUCUAGUGAUUCUGAAGAUGAGGAAAUGAAGCCCUCUCUUCCUGUAUCAAUGUCAAUGCCGUAUUUGCAGUCACAGCCGACUGUAUCUGCCAUACCACAACAGGCUGUCACUGACAAAGAUGUCAGUCAUAAUAGAUCCCAAGAGAGCAGUGGUCAUAUGAUGAAUACGCUACGAAAUGACUUGCAGCUGAGUGAAUCUGGAAGUGAUAGUGAUGACUGAACAAAUUUUUGGCCUUAAAUGUAUCACCUUUUUUGCUAAAUAUGUCUUAGCAUCUGUUUUGCACUAAGAUUAGAUUACCAGAGACUGGAAUGAAUGUCCUCGAUUUUGAUAAUAGACAUCCUAAUUUUCUACUGACACGACACAUCACAUCUAUAAUAAACAGCAUUGAUAUCCUGUCAGUGCUAUGGUUAUGUGUUUAUCUUUCAAAUUACUGUAUUUACAGUAAAAUUGUAUGAUCUGAUUUUGAUUAUUUUUGCCUCAGCCACCUGUUUUACUUGAAACUGAUUUGUAACAGCUAGUUACUUUAUAUAAAUAGUUAUGGAAUGGAGAAAUUUCUGAUAUUUAUGGAGGCAAGUUUCCUUCCUAUGAUUUAAAUGCUGAAUGCUGAUCUCACAACUUUUACUUGGAGGGAGUGAAAGGGAGAACAACUAAAUGAGGUCUGCUGUGUCAGCUACACUUUUCGUUCAGUUCACAGUUUGUACCUUUAAGGAAACUGCUGAAUAAUGUGGUCCACUAGUGCAGUUACAGUUUACAAUUGUUCAACACAUUGCUGAAUUCUUAAUUUCAUUGUAUUAUAGGAAUAUAUAUAUUUCUGAGCCUCAAGAUUCCUAAGGGAACUUGGCCAUUCUCUGCCUUUUGUAUGUAAUUUGAAUAGGCCGGUCUUUUUACAACCUUUUUGUAUCUAAAUUUAGGUAACUGCAGAGACAGCAAUGAAUUUCCUUCAUUUAAUUCUGUAACAGAAAUCAGAAAAUUUCUUGUAGGAGUAUAAAAGUAAUUUAAUAAAGCAAUAUUUAUCAUUUU